AUAAAGCUAAUGAGAUUUUUAUGAUUGUCCAGUCUCACUCAAGCUUAUUGAUUUUGGAAGAAGUAUUGACAUGAUGAGGUUUCCUGAAGGAACAACUUUUACUGAAGAGGUGACAACAGAAGGUUUUACAUGCUGUGAAAUGAGGGAUGGACUGCCAUGGACCUACCAGACAGAUUUAUAUGGAGCUGCAGCCAUAGCACACUGUUUCUUGUUUGGAACAUACAUGGAUGUACAUAAGAAAUCAAACGGCCAAUGGGACCUCAAGGGUGUUACUAUUAAAAGGUACUGGCAAAAGGACCUCUGGUUGUUGGUUUUCUCUACACUCUUGAAUGUGCCAUCUUGUUCUGCAAUCCCUAGUCUCUCUGAACUCAAGGAGAAAAUUAUAACAACAUUUUACAGGGCGCAAAUGGACAGAGAAUUUAACAGCAAACUCUCUCAGCUCUUGUGUAUUGUGGCCCAAAGACGAUGAGGCAGUUGCAUUGUUCAGUGAUAAUACUUUAGUGACAUCCAUCUUUAAUAUGCAUGGGAAGAUUUUUCUUCACAAUUAUCUUUUAUUUCAGUCUGAAAGUAACAAUCAAGUGUAUGAAUAUGAAACAAAUGUUUUAAAUGAAAUACUGUAACUACUUAGUUUGCACAAGGCAGUGUGUGAAUCGAUAUUUGGCUGUUUUAAGUGUUACAGCUGUAGCACCCAAAUUAGUGUAUUUGUAAGUAUUAGUUCUAAUUUUUAAUGUUGGAGUGAACUGUACUUGGAUUGCUCAUAUUUUAAAGUGUAAUUCAAAAGGUUCAUUUUUCAUCUAUUGUAUUAUUUUGUGAGUUCUUACAACUUUAGGAUGAUGCAUGUCUUACAUGGGAAUUACUCAUUAAUGAAGUGAAACAAUUUUAUCAUACUAUAUAUAUGUUUUCACUUCAGGGAAGGAGGGGGUGGACACAGUGAGUAUAACCUUUGUAAAUUGGAUUCAUUAUGAUUUGUAUUGAUUUAAUUCGUGAGAUGAAAUGCAUUGUGUAUCUACAGUCUUUUAUAAUUAUUAUGACACAGUUUGUAGCUAUGUUAUCUUUAUAUUAUAUAGUCUUUGUCUAU